UCCUGUGAAGCUGGCGGGGGGGACUCUUCCAACUUUGGGGAGACACAGACACGUGGGUUACAGCAGUGUCACAGUCAUGUCUGGACAGGGUGAGAAGAGGACAGUUUGUAUGUAGCUCUUGCUUUUCUUUCCUUUUCUGUGCAGUCAUUUAAUACCUCCUGUAAUCAAAAAAGCCGCUCUGAGCCCUCACUGGCCUUUGUUGCCCAGGAGAGCUGCUCACAGGUGCUCUGCAACGUCCCCUUUGCAGGGAGCAAGGCUGGGGGACCUGAAGGACGAAGCAUCAGGGCACUUGCCCCGGGUGGAGAGGUUUGGGUGAUUUGUGGGCCUGAGUGGACGCUGAGUAACAUGACCCCAGAGGAAGCUGUGCAGCAUGUGGAGAGAAUGGGGCUGGGUGUCUUGGGUACCUUCUCCAGCACCGAGAGAGGUCUUUAGUUAGGUGUGGUUUCGAUGCCUUAAAAUUGGGGUUUGAUUGCUUUGGGCAUCACCAAUAGCAAAGUCUGGCUUCUCCAGUAAGUAAUCUGCCAACGCCUCCAGCGGGGCCUUUUGAAAUUGAUCCUUUGUCAGUAGACUUCGCUGUUUGAACAUGACUGAAGUUUCUAGCCUGUAGGACACGACACCAUAGAUAAGUCCUUAACAGCAAAAUGAAGGCCAUAAAGACUCUUCCUUGAUUUCGCUUUUUAGUGGUUGUGCCUACUUUCCACAGCUGAUAUAAAGGCUUUUACAUCAUUGUCUUUACCAUUUUGUUAUUCUUCAUUAACACACAGCAUCAAAUUAUAAUUGAAAUUUACUAUCCUUAACUUUCUACCUUGACCUCCACCUUAAAAAUAGGAAAGUUGUUUUUAUUUAAACUCUUCUCAGAUUGCUUUGUAUAAUGCCCUCUUUGCUUUUUAUAAUAAUAGUUUUCUGCAUUUUAAUUUCAGUUCCAUAGUAAUUUCACACCUGGAUGCAGUACAGAAUUUCAGCUCCGAGAGGAAUCCGUGCAACGCCUCGCUGCCGCACGACAGCAGGAACCCAGCCAGCCUGAUUGGCCAGGAGGUGAUUCUUGUCUUCUUCCUCCUGCUCUUGUUGGUCUGGUUCCUGAAUCGAGAAUUUGAAGUCAGCUACCGCCUACACUACCAUGGGGACGUGGAGGCGGACCUGCACCGCACUAAGAUCCAGAGCAUGAGGGACCAGGCCGACUGGCUGCUGAGAAACAUCAUCCCCUACCACGUGGCUGAGCAGCUGAAGGUCUCCCAGACCUACUCUAAGAACCACGACAACGGAGGAGUCAUCUUCGCCAGCAUUGUCAACUUCAGCGAGUUCUACGAGGAGAACUACGAGGGUGGCAAGGAGUGCUACCGGGUCCUCAACGAGCUGAUCGGAGAUUUCGACGAGCUCCUGAGCAAGCCAGACUACAGCAGCAUUGAGAAGAUCAAGACCAUUGGGGCCACAUACAUGGCCGCGUCGGGGCUGAACGCCACGCAAUGCCGUGACGGCAGCCACCCGCAGGAGCACCUGCAGAUCCUGUUCGAGUUCGCCAAGGAGAUGAUGCGCGUGGUGGACGACUUCAACAAUAACAUGCUCUGGUUCAACUUCAAGCUCAGGGUGGGCUUCAACCAUGGGCCUCUGACGGCAGGCGUCAUUGGCACCACCAAGCUGCUGUACGACAUCUGGGGAGACACGGUCAACAUCGCCAGCAGGAUGGACACCACGGGGGUGGAGUGCCGCAUCCAGGUCAGCGAGGAAAGCUACCGCGUCCUGAGCAAGAUGGGCUACGACUUCGACUACAGAGGGACAGUGAACGUCAAGGGCAAAGGCCAAAUGAAGACCUACCUGUACCCCAAGUGCACGGACAAUGGGAUGGUGCCGCAGCACCAGCUCUCCAUCUCCCCUGACAUCCGAGUCCAGGUGGACGGCAGCAUCGGACGCUCCCCCACGGACGAGAUCACCAACCUGGUGCCUUCCGUACAGAACCCAGACCAGGUGUCCCUGGGCUCUGAGAACAACACACAGGCCAGGGACACUCACCCGUCUUCUAAGAAACCCUGGAAAGAGCCCAUUAAAGCCGAAGAAAGGUGUAGGUUCAGCAAAGCCAUAGAGAAAAGCGACUGUGAAGAAGCAGGGGUGGAGGAAGCCAAUGAACUCACCAAGCUCAACGUCUCAAAGAGGGCGUGAUGCGGUCCAGCGCCGCCCGCGGUGCUCUGUCCGUCCAGGUUCCACAGUUCCCGUCCCCGGACGUGGUGUCCUGUGGUCAUUGCAGCCCUAACUUCUGUGUGGAUCACAGUUAUUCAGGGUUCAUUUUCAUCCACUUUUUUCCUCUUCCCCCUUGGUGUGACCGUUCGGCAGUGUGGAGAACAAGUGCCUUCAGGGGCUGGCGCGGCCUGGAGUCCAGGGAAGGUGUGGCCAGGGUGUGGCGCUGGGUGGUGGUGGAUGUUAAAACAGAAGCUGUGGUUAAUAUAUUAUUUUUAUUGCUUUUUCUCACGAGACACUUUUUUUUUUUUUUUUUUGCUAAUACAAUGUUUUUGAGGUUUUUUUCUGUAUACGUACUAGUAUUUUUCCAGUGACCCGACCUUUCUAUGUAAACACAUAGAUGCACACACACUUGCAUUCAUGAAUCUGAGAUCAAGUGCCAGUAACUCACUGGGUGGGGAUGCUGGGGUGGGGGGGUGCAGGCUGAGGACCGCAACAGGCCAUCAGCCAGGACACCAGUGUCCCCUGACCUGCGCCUUCCAGGCCGGCCGGGACCUCAGGGGUUGUGGCUGCACCCACCGCCCCCCACACCCAGCGGCUUUAGGGCUUCCUCCUCGUGCAGGCCGAGAUUCCAAAUGCUUACCGGCCUCACAGCUCAUGAACCCAGGCCUCAGGUAUCUAAAAGCCCUUUUUCAUUCUGCCCCUGCCCCUGCCCCAAGGGGUCUUCCAGCUGGAGCAGAGGGGCUUGUCUUGGAAGCUGACUCAACUGAGAGGAAACGCAAAAUAAACAUCAAGGGUUGCAUUUAUUUAUUUAUUUAUUUAUCAGGAAAUGUGUGUGUCUUGGGGAGUGUUGCCGGGUCAUUCUGUCUGGGGAAGGGAACUAGGCUGGGGGGGUGGGGUGUGGUCACAGAGGGCACAGCAGAAGGAUGAGAAGGUGGCCGUUAGUGCUUCAGCUACUCUGGGCUGCCUCCCCCGCCAGGGGCUGAGCAGGACCCCAGUGGGCACGGCCUGCACACUCUGGGUCGGGGAAGCCCUCAGCCACCACUUUUAAAGCAAAAGCCCUGCUUCUGCCCCCCACCCAGGGGGUCUGCUCACGGCAGGGGUGGGAUCAGAACCGGCUCGCUGUGAAGCAGGUCUGGGCAGAGCACCAGGGCCACGGGCAGCACUUAGCGCUUGGCUUCCACAUUCAGGAAGCUUCUCCAUCCUUUCCUGUUCUCAGCCUGUGCAGGGCCCAUUUUUGGUGGGGUUGAGCCUGGUGAGUGGAUCCCAGCCCUCUUUAGAUGGAGCUCUUACCCUGUAAGUAGGGACAGAAUCGUCUGGAUGCAAAUGAGGUAUGGAACCAGGGAAGUACAGAAAACCCAAGGAAAUUGCUUCUGUGCCCUUUGUUGCUAAUCCUGCUUGUAAUUACGUUUUGCCAUGUUGAGUCUGAAGUUUAUGUAGGAUUGAACUCAGACCAGAGUUGCCCUGUCAUAGUCAUAUGACACCUCAUUCUUAAGGUGGCUGCAGCUCAUGGGAUAUAUUUGAGGACUGGCUCCUUCUCUGUGUAAGGUCUUCACCGAUGUGCCCUGUGUAUUUUCUUUUCACUGGUAAAUCUCUGUGGCUUUCACAUCUGCAUUAAGUCCUGUUAUCGCUGCUCACCAAAUACGUACAGAAUCUGCCCUUCCCAGCAUCAUGAAGUAUUGAUUCUGAUCCCCCAGCUCCCCAGGGACAUGCAUGGCACGGACCCCGGCAGUGCGGUUGUAGCCAGGAUCUCCACGUCCAGGGAGAUUUGCCUUCAGGUUUUACUGUCAGAUUGUUGGUCUUCCAAUGCUAGAGAAAUAGAGAAAGGAUGACUGUGACAUUACCUCUUCUAAAGAAUGUAUUCUUAUAAAAUCCUGCAGAGAUUUUAUUUUUAUUUUUUCUGAAAAACACUACCUGAUGCUCUGCUUGUCUGUCAGGCUUGUGGGCACGUCAGGGGUUCCUUCCAUCAGUAUUAAGACGUGUGUUGAGUGUGGGCCUCGCCCUCUGCCAUCUGGCUCCAGGCUCUGCAGCUUUGGCGGCGGCUAGGGGCCUGGUUGCUUCCUGCUGUUCCCCGUGUCUCUGCUGUUCCACUCAAAACAUGAUCCACAGAGUUCAUCUCUGCACACGCUUCCUCCCUAUCAAACUCUUUUUUUUUCCCUUCCCCUCCUGCGAUUCCUGGGAAGCCAAGAGGCUGCGGACGCAGGGAGAGAGUGGUGACGUCCACCUAUCCAGUUCAGCAUUGUGCAAAUGGGAGCCUUUGUGGACGGUUUAAAUUGUCUUUAAAAAAACACCCCGAGCGAGCCUUCCUAAGCAACAGUACAGAUGUUCUCUUUGGGCCACCAGUGACCCGGGUCCUUCCCAGCCCCUGCUUGGAAACAUACCUCAGCACAGAACCACGGAGUGCCUGCACCUGCAGCGCCAGGCCUCUGACUCGGUGGGCAUUGAGCAGACGGUGGCUGAAGACAGAUGGGCGUCUGAGCAGCGGGUUCAAGCGCUUCCGAUUAGUUGGAGGCGUUCUUCAGAGCGGCAAUACCUCCUGUGAACUUAGGGCAGGAAGCAAUACUUCAGAAUUGAAUGUGUGUAAAUAGUUGCUUUGAGUUGCAAUUGCUAGUUUCUUCUUGGCCUCAGGUCAGAUCAAAUUAUAUAUGUAUAAAUAUAUAUAAACAAGCACACAUAAUUGCAUCCAAUGCAAACAAAUGCAGAGCAUCAGUUAUGAAACCCUCACGGAGCUUGGAGGCUGCUCACGGCUCUGUUACCCUGACUGCGCUGUGGAGACACCUGCACAUUUGCACUUGACAUUGAGAGCCAAAGGACCGCAUGCUUCCCCAUUAUGUGGGCUGUAGUGAUUUUUAGUUUCCAAAGAUCUGUCCGCGUUUGCAUUUCUAGACUUUCGAAGUAAGCACUUUUUGGUGGUUUCGAAAAAUCACGUCAUGCCUAGAAUCUGAAAUUAAAUCCGCGAGAACCAAUUGUUUGCGUUCUCCAUCUUUCCUUUGCUCUACCCUUUUUAAGUUGUUAAUCCUAAUAAUUUCAAAAUGCACCCACUGAAGAAAUGGACAUUAAAAUACUCUAAAAUCUCAAUAUUUGAUGCCUGGUAUUUCCUCAUCGACAAGAUCAUUACCACUUCCGAGAUUAGGGCGCUCCUUGUUCCCUGCCAUUUGUGGCUGAAAUAGGAAGCUUUGCUGGUCUUUUACAUCGUGACUUUGAAAACAAGGCAACUAAAAACUCUUACUGUGUGUGUAUGUGUGUGUGUGUGUUUUAAAUGGACAUAUUUGCUACAGUGAACUUUGGUUGAGAAUUAUUUAUUUUUACAUGGAGCAGAAGCAGGUUGCAGGACAAAUUUUGCUUGCGACCACAUCCUGAUUUUUUUAGACCUUCUAAAUAGUUUUUCCCGCGAUAUCUUCAGCAACUGACUGAGAAAAUGAAGUAAGUUUUCUGAAAAGGUGUGCCUGCAUAACCUCUUCUUUAUAGAGUCCUGGGGUGCCCAUAUCAUGGGGAAGUCACAAACCAUUUUCGGAAUCUGUUUAAAGUCACAGAGCGUCUUUGCCGAAAAACACACAUGCCAUUUUACAUAUCAUAGGGGCUCACAGCACCUCCAAACCUGGAGCCAAACGCUGGCUCUGCUAGGGGUUAGAGCCUCUUGCCCCAGGGUUUUUCCUGGAGAGUUCAGUAUUUAUGUGCAACUUCAAAGCACAGGACCCUCUUAUCGACUCAGCGAAGGGGAUGCAGAUGUGGCCUCAGGCCUUGCUUAUCAGCUCUGAGGGAUCCAGCUUCUAGGUGAUCCUCCACUGGAGCCUGGUACCCGUGAGGACACUGCUUGUUGACGAGGGUGCUCUUUCCUCUGAGUCUGCGCUGCAGGCAUCCCUAGGAACCUUCCGGAGGUAAGGGAAUAGCUGUCUUUGUUGCGUUUCUCUACUAGAAAGGACACCCCAGGGACUUUGGGGGGUUUCUCAAACAGUCUAGAAAGGCAGCCUCUAAUUUUUGCAGUAAACCUCAGGACUUACCAUUUAUGGUUUCUCUUUCAU